AUGGACCACUUCGACGCAACUUCGCUGCGUUCCUACCCCUCCACUGUCGCAUUGGACAAUUUCCCCCCUUCAGAUGCGCCUUCGCCAUGGCGAACAUCUACGUCUUCCGCUUCCAUCAGCGAAGAUGAGUCGCGAGAGGUGCGCAGACGACGACCCAGCGAAAUCCUUCUCGGAUUCCCUCGUCCCCCUAGUCGUGCACAUAUCACGACAAAAGCUCUGGUCUCGAGGCCGUCUGUCAAAACACUUCGUAGGAACUAUAUGAUUCAUGAGCUUCCUCUUCUUCACCAGCCGAACCCUUACUAUGACGAAUCCGACGAGUUCAAUCCUGUCUGUGACCCUGGCUUGUCCUAUGAUCUUAUUGCACCGCAGCACGAUACACAAGAGGCCCCGCCACUUCAUGCUCUCGAAAAGAUCGCCGAUCUCGUUUUCUCAUCGGAGCAUAUGCUUACCAUUCUGCACAACCCGCGCUAUCUAGCGCAAUUUCGCGAAUUUCUUCUUGAGGAGCGUCCACGCUCUCUCCACAGGUUGACUUACUACUUGACCGCGCGUAAAGCCCUCAAGGCAAUCGAUUACGCGAAUUGCUUGGUGCGAUGCUUUGUCGAUGAUGCUCAGCCGAAAUCAUCGGUGUUUUCAAUGUCAGGACAGAAAAUCGGAGAAAUCACCCAUCCUGCACUGCAACAGCGGGUACAGGAGGCCUUGAAGAUGCUUACUGAUGAGGAACUCCCUGCGUUCAUUACCUCGCGCUGCAUAGGAAUUACCAGUCGCGUGGUGGAGGAAAGGGUCAGGGGGACCCUACCCAAGAGGUUCCAGAGAACGGAGGAGGAGAAGGCACUGGCGGAGGUGUUCUGUCUUACAGAUCCGUCGAGACGUGAUAAUCCGAUUGUUUUUGCUUCUGAGGAAUUCCAUCGCACGACGCAGUAUGGCAUGGACUAUGUGCUUGGACGGAAUUGUCGGUUUUUGCAGGGACCGAAGACGAAUCCUAAUAGUGUGCGGAGGAUCAGGGAGGCAUUGAACGCCGGAAGGCAUCAUUCGGAGUUGUUUCUGAAUUACCGUCGAGAUGGCUCUCCUUUCAUGAAUCUUCUUCAGUGCGCUCCACUAUGCGACAGCCAUGGUAGAGUGCGCUACUUCAUCGGGGCCCAGAUCGAUGUCAGUGGGUUGGUUAUGGACGGUGUCCAGAUGGAGUCACUGCGAGAUUUGCAAAAGCAGCAGAUGAGAGACGGUGUGGAAGUGGCAGAGGCACCAAUUGGUAUCCAAGGAGACGAGUUCCGUGACUUGAGUGAGCUAUUUAGUCCACGAGAGCUGAAGGUCACUCAAGACAUUGGAGGAAGUCUUUUCCAACCCAUGACUUCCCCGGCAUUGCGUAAUAGCUGCCGGACAAGGUGGUCUGUUGCUGAAGGUGAGGAAUCUGUCGAGGACGAUGGGAUAAGAGAGAAAGAUACCAAGAUGGGGACGGCGUUGGUUGGUGUAUAUGAAAAUUAUCUUCUUGUCCGUCCAUAUCCAUCCCUAAGGAUAUUGUUCACUUCGCCCUCGCUGCAAAUACCUGGAAUACUGCAGUCCUCCUUUCUCUCUAGAAUCGGGAGUAGUGCAGCAGUUAGGGAUGAAUUACUGCAUGCAUUGAUGAGUGGUCGGAGCGUCACAGCAAGGAUCAAAUGGUUGAAUAGAUUUAAUGCACAGGGAAGGGACAGAUGGGUUCAUUGCACACCGCUGCUGGCGAGUAAUGGGGAAGUAGGAGUUUGGAUGGUGGUGGUUGUAGAUGACGAUGAGUGA